ACUAGGGGUCGCCCUAUUCCCUUUUUUUUAUUCGUAAAAACAUGCAAUACCAGCUAUCGCCUGAACUAAACUAGGGGGUCGCUGUUUUCCUUUUUUUUUUUAAAGAGAGAGAGAGAGCGAGUGUGAGAGCGUCUCACAAUUCCUCUCGCAUAGCAUCAUAAGCACAGUUUUUGGGGGAAGAGAAAAAUCAAGUUUAGAAAGAAGCGAGCUCCGAGAUUCAAAGAAAGCAAACAACGAGGAAAAGAUCGGAAUAAAUAACGGAUGUAAAAAUCUCGCAAGGAGGCUUGAAGAAAGAGAAAUACAAGAGAAAACGACUGUUUUUUUUAAAAUUUAAAUGUCUGUUUAAUUUUUUUUUAUACAAAGCUAACGGGAAAGAAAGGAUUGUGUUGGAGAAAACUUGUUACGACACACGCAGGCAGAGAGACGAGAAGAACAUGCUUUUGUUAAUAUGGAUUAUAACUCUGACGUGGAAUCUGCAGAAAGUAUCCGCAGCUCAUUUUUCCCAGGAACCUGCAGACCAGACUGUGGUAUCCGGCCACAAUGUGCUGCUAUCCUGCAUAAUCUUCAACUACUCCGGGAUCGUCCAGUGGACCAAAGAUGGGCUGGCACUGGGCAUCGGGGAAGGGCUGAGAGCCUGGCCUCGCUAUCGGGUGCUCCGCAGCUCUGACUCCAGUCAGUACAAUCUGCAGGUGUCGCACGCUGAGCUGUCUGAUGAUGCGCAGUACGAGUGCCAGGCCACUGAAGCAGCGCUGAGGUCGAGACGAGCCAAACUCACUGUGCUGAUCCCCCCUGAAGACCCCGUUAUUGAGGGGGCUCCUGAGAUCCUGCUGACCGCUGGCAUCCCCCAUAACCUGACCUGCCGGGCCAAGGCGGCCAAACCCGCGGCCGUGAUCACGUGGCAACGAGACGGAGCCAAACAAGAGGGCGCGUUCAGCACCACGGAAGUGAUGUCAGACAGGAAGAGGGAGACGACGCUCAGCUUCCUGCCCAUCGUGCCGACCGACGCGGACAUCGGGCGGGUGUUCACGUGUCACGCGAGCAACGAAGCGCUUCCUGCCGGGAAAGAGACCUCCGUGAAGCUCAACGUGCACCAUCCCCCGACGGUCACUCUGUCUCUCCACCCGCAGGCAGUCCUGGAGGGAGAGAGGGUGAUCUUCACCUGCACUGCCACGGCCAACCCUGAGAUCCUGGGCUUCCGGUGGGCGAAGGGGGGUGUUAUUCUGGAGGGAGAGAUGGGGAGUGUGUACGAGGCCUUCGUGGAUCACAGCUUCUUCACCGAGCCCGUGUCCUGCGAGGUGCACAACGCAGUCGGCAGCACCAACGUCAGCACCUUGGUCGACGUGCAUUUCGGCCCUCGCAUCGUGGUUGAGCCACGCCUCACCUCUGUGGACGUCGGCUCCGAUGUCACUCUGACCUGCGUGUGGUCAGGUAACCCUCCCCUCACUCUCACCUGGAUCAAGAAAGGAUCAAACAUGGUCCUCUCCAAUAAUAACCAGCUGUAUCUGAAGUCUGUCAGCCAGACAGACGGAGGUCAGUACAUCUGCAAAGCCAUCGUUCCACGGAUUGGAGUCGGGGAGCGAGAGGUGACCCUGUCCGUCAACGGACCUCCGAUCAUCUCCAGUGACUCGGUGCAGUACGCGAUCAGAGGGGAUAGAGGAGAAGUCAGAUGUUUCAUUGAUAGCACCCCCACCCCAGACAGGAUUGCUUGGGCGUGGAAGGAGAAUAUUUUAGAGACCGGUACUCUGGAGCGGUACACCGUGGAGCGGUUCGACACCGGUACCGGGGUCCUCUCAACCCUGACCAUCAACAACGUGAUUGAAACCGACUUCCAAACACGCUACAACUGCACGGCCUGGAACAGCUUCGGACCCGGAACCGCCAUCAUCCAGCUGGAGGAAACAGAGAUCGUUCCUGUCGGGAUUAUAGCUGGAAGCACAGUGGGGGCGUCCAUCCUCCUCCUUCUCUGUCUGAUCGCUCUGACGCUGUUCCUGUACCGCCAGCGCAAAGGGAGUCGGAGGGGGGUCACUCUGGGCAAACCGGACAUUCAGGUCGAGACGGUCAACAAAGAGACGCACAACACUGAGGACGACGCCUCCAGCAUCUCCACGGCAACCAGGAUGGUCAAAGCCAUGUACUCUCCUUUCAAAGAUGACAUCGAUCUGAAGCAGGACCUGAGGAGUGACACGCUCGACACACGAGAGGAGUACGAGCUCAAGGACCCCACAAACGGAUACUACAACGUCCGCGCUGCUGGCCAUGAGGACACCAGACCCUCCUCGAGAUCCAUGCUCUACACCGACUACAGAUCAACCAGCGGACCCCCAUCGAACCCCGUGGGGCCCCUCCCAGAGAACAGGGGAGGGGGUGGAGGGGUCGGGGGCCGCUGCUACGACCCCAGACCGCCCUCUCGCCUGUCUCACAACAGUUACGCCCAGUUCAACACCUACAACCGAACUGGGGGGAGUGGGAACCCGAACCCUGGGCUGCCCGGCUCGGAGUUUGCAUCUGAAUGUGGCGGGGUCCUGGAUACCGCUAGUCAAAUGUCUUAUGACAAUUACGCCCCGACACACGUCUACCCUCCCAGCGCCACCACGUACGCCCCCUACAGGCUGGGUUUCGCAGCGCCAGCCACUCUAGGAAACAUGGAGCGCUUGGACAUUCUGGGACCCGGGUACGAAGGCUUUUCAACGGGAGACGGGGGCUUGGGAAAGUACAGCGCGGCUAACACACGCUACUCCUCUGCCUCCCAGCACUCCGAGUUCGGACAGAGACACCAGCAGCGCAUGCAAACCCACGUGUGAUCGGAAGACAGCCACGGUCUCCGGGGGAAGAUCAGGGACCUCGAGAGAAGUGAAGGUCUCUGGGGUGACUCUGCGUUCGCGUCUCCUGCCGUUGACGUGACUUCCCGGUAAUGCAGGCAUCGUUCAGUCAUUGAGCAUUGUUAUCCAAAGACUAGGGGUGUUGGGGGGGUGAACUAUGCAUCAUCAUCAGCUGCUGCUGCUGCUGCAGUCGCUUCCAGUAGGACCUCGUGUUGUUUCACGGCUCAUCCGUUGGUCUGCUAACUUGUUCAGUCGCAAGAGGCUGUUUUUCUCGAUUCUUCCCUCGAAUACGAAUGACUCGGACUCCCCUAAUCAAAACUGCAGAAGCAAUGGGGUAUUCAGCUGAAGGACUAAGAGUCCGAAAACGUCCUGAUAGCAUUAAUUUUAUUUUUUUUAUAUCAAUUAUUCACAUUUUUGUAUACCUACAUUAUAUAUAUAUAUAUAUAUAUAUAUAUAUAUAUAUAUAUAUAUAUAUAUAUAUAUAUAUAUAUAUAUAUCACCCUCAGAUUGUCUUGAGAAAUAUACACUGUGUGAGUCACUAUAUUUCCUAUAGCCCUGUACAGAGUCAUUUUCAGCUGCUCGAUUCAAAACUAGAUUCAGAGAGACCUUCGAGAGAGUCAGAUGGAACCGGGUGAGUAUUUCUAAGAGACUGGAUUAGCUGUGAUUGCCCCGGAUGGUCUGGUAGUCCUCCAGCGUACGGAUUAAGACCGGAGGUCAGAUCCUUUUUUUAAAAUCAGUUCUCAAUUCCAAUCCCAUUGUUAUGUUUCAUUACAGCGUCAUUGAUCUCCGUCAGCAGUGCUGUGUUCAAAUGAGCUUCAAUUGAAAUCAGCAUCAAGUGAAAGCAGUUGAACAGUGAUUAUCAGUAUUAUUAUUAAGUUUCUAGAAAUAUUAAUUCCAGUUGUAUUUGUAAAUAGUUUUAAAGUCAUGAAGUCUACAGCUCUGGCUAAAAAAGUUUUGUAUCAUAGAAUUUUAGGAUUAAACUAUAUGAAGAUAAUUUAGAUCUUUUAUUUAACAUCGUGUAAUCAAAGAAACUAUAAAAUGAUAUUGCAAAAAGUCUACACCGGAAGCCAUAAUAGUAGUACAGUAAUAUUUCAUGUUAGAUUUCCAAAUGUCAUAUUUUUCAAUUAUUUCAAAUAUUUUUUCUGUGUAAUUCAAUAUGUUAACAAGGGAACAUUAUUCAGCAGCUUUCAUUGGACUCUAUGAAGCUGAGCGAGUUCAUUCUAUAUAGAGGGGGUGGAAUUCAAUAUGUUAACAAGGGAACAUUAUUCAGCAGCUUUCAUUGAACUCUAUGAAGCUGAGGGAGUUCAUUCUAUAUAGAGGGGGUGGAAUUCAAUAUGUUAACAAGGGAACAUUAUUCAGCAGCUUUCAUUGGACUCUAUGAAGCUGAGGGAGUUCAUUCUAUAUAGAGGGUGGUGCGAAACUUUUGGCCAGAGCUGUAUUACACAGAAUAAGAUUCAUCUAAAUUUUAAAACUCAAAACAAGAACAAUAUGCAUUCUGGAAAAGGGACCCAGUCGUCCUUCCACUGAGUUUAAAUGCACAGACCAGCUGUUUUUGGUUCAAGCUAUGUUGAAACAGACUGAAGGAGACUCCCUACAGCGCCCCCUUGCUGUUGGGAGGUAGAGUAGCAUGGGAGUGAUCUUAGUGCCUCAGUAAAUAGUGAGAGUGUGGACGGUAAACAAAAUUGGAGCCCUCUGUCUGUCUGUCUGUCUGUCUGUCCGCACAGAUAAACUCCAGGGCUAUCAAAUCCCCACCCCCCACCCCCUCCAUUUAUAUUGUUGGUCUACACCUCUCUGUUUAAAGUGUAAAUAGAUAUAUUUAGCUAGAAUAUUGUAAUGAAAAAAAAUAUUUUUUAAAAUAUUAUAUUGUAUUUAGAGUUAACGAACGUGCAUAAAUGCAUAUACACGCACACACUCACUGAACCAUAGGUAUUAUAUAUA